AUGUCUAAUCCAGGGAAUGAAAAUCGCCGCAUCGAGCGUGACAACUGCCGCGAGGCACUUUCCAAGCACAUUUAUGAUAUGCUAUCUGAUAAGGUUGUUGCACCCUCAAAAGUACGAUUGCAACCAUCACCUAGCGACGGUUAUAAAUGGUCUUACAAGGAAUCAAAAAGCCACCUAUUCAAGAAGCCGCUGAGCGAAUUGUCAACAAAUAGUUAUAUUGAACUACGGGAAGCUCUUAAAGAAGGCGCUAUCAAAGCUACCCGAACACACAAUGAGUCCCCCGACACCGAAUGGAGGAAGCUCAAAGCAGAUUUAGACGGCGCUUGUAACAGGGUAGCUGAGUUGGAAGGCGAAAACCAACAGUUAUACCAAGCUCUACAAAGACAGUCUGAGAAGUUAAGAUGCCUGCAGCGAUGCUUUGCAGAAAAUAAAGGCCAACUCGAGAGUGCGCUAUUUAUAAUGGAAACAGUAAAGAAGGCCUUUGAUAGUGAUACAGACUCUAAACGAGUGAAGUAUUUGAAGAUCUGUUCUGGCGUUGAAUGGUAUAAUACUGAACUCGGUAAAACCGGAUUAGGCCGUAUGGUAGUGUACAGCAAGCCAUUAACCACAUCUCUAAUAGCUGACGCCGCUGAAGGCCAUGUCUUUACUUUGAUGAAAUGGAAUAUUGCUAUGGGUUGA